CUUCCGUAGCUGAAAUGAUCCUUACUACACUUUCUUCCAGGCAUUUAUCGUUCAAUUCAUUUCCUUUCCAAAACAAACGCAUAUUUUAACGCGAGCCAGGCACAACCGUACCCGGAAGGAAGGAGCGGAGGACUAAAAUACGCCCGUUAAGCUUUAGCGAACCCGCUGUUAGGGACAUUUUAACGUGAUCUGUCAUGGUUGAUAGUUAGCACGUACGCUAUCAGGGCAUAGCUCGUUAGCAGAGCUAAUAUCGUUUUAUUUGAAGUGUGUUUUUGGCAAUGUAGCGGUAACGAGAUCAGCUCAAACGCGAACAGCCGUACUUUGAUGGACUGCGAUCUUCACCGCAGUUGCGGACGACCUCACGACAGUUGUGUCGAAGUUGGAAAUACGGAAAUAACAGCCAUUUAUGGCCCACAAUCAUAAUCAAUCAGCUGCAGUUGAAAGUGUUAAAAUACAGACGACCGUCGUCUCGUUUUGAAAGGUAUUCGAGUGCGUGGCUGUGCGCGCGCCUAUCAGAAGUGGAGAUUAAUAUCUAGGUCGUGCUCGAAGAUUAGUGUUCACAGCAGGAUGUCAGAGGGAUUUGUGAGCUGAGAUAACAAAAACAAAAACAUGUCAUUCUCCCUGUCAUAACGUGCAAAAUAUCGUUUUAUAGAAGAAACCCGCGCGUCGACGUUCGCAGCGCUUACUAUAGAUGUGCGCGCGCUGGAAAAGCAGGCUGUCAGAAUCACUUUACUGAUCAAAACGUCUAGAAAUCAGAAAGAUCAUGUCAGGGGAAAGUAGUGGUAGUGGGGAGGACUCCGACCAAGAAACCCGCCGUAAAGUGUGCACUGUUAAACACGAGAUCACUAAUGCAAACCUCACAGGAUACACUGAGAAAGUUGGCAUGGAGAACUUUGAACUUCUCAAAGUGCUUGGCACUGGAGCUUACGGGAAAGUGUUCCUGGUCAGAAAAAUUAGCGGCCAUGAUAAAGGCAAACUCUAUGCCAUGAAGGUUCUGAAGAAAGCGGCCAUUGUUCAGAAGGCCAAGACCGCUGAACACACUAGAACCGAGCGGCAGGUACUGGAACACAUCCGCCAGUCCCCCUUUCUGGUCACCCUCCAUUACGCUUUUCAGACGCAAACCAAGCUGCAUCUUAUACUAGACUACGUGAGCGGAGGAGAGAUGUUCACUCACCUGUAUCAGAGAGAUCAUUUCUCCGAGGAUGAGGUGAGGAUCUACGUGGGAGAAAUUAUCCUGGCCCUGGAGCAUCUGCACAAGCUUGGUAUUGUGUACCGGGACAUUAAGCUGGAGAACAUCUUAUUGGACAGCGAUGGUCAUGUGGUUCUGACAGACUUUGGGCUGAGUAAGGAGUUUCUAGAAGAGGAGAAAGAGAGGACUUACUCAUUCUGUGGCACUAUAGAGUACAUGGCACCAGAGAUCAUCAGAGGGAAGGCUGGCCAUGGCAAGGCAGUGGACUGGUGGAGUUUGGGGAUUCUUAUGUUUGAACUGUUGACGGGAGCGUCUCCGUUCACUCUGGAGGGAGAGAGAAAUUCCCAGAGUGAGGUGUCCAAGCGCAUCCUGCGCUGUGAGCCUCCAUUCCCCUCCAUCAUUGGCCCCUUGGCUCAGGAUCUCCUGAGAAAGUUACUGGUGAAGGACCCUCAUAAAAGACUGGGCUCCGGUCCCAGAGGAGCUGAGGAGAUUAAGUCUCAUCCUUUCUUUAAGGGUUUAAACUGGUCCGACUUGUCUGAGAAAAAGCUUCAGAGUCCAUUCCGGCCAGAACUGCGUAAUGAGCUGGACGUGGGCAACUUUGCCGAGGAGUUUACAGGAAUGGAGCCGGUCUAUUCUCCUGCCAGCACACCGCCUAGUACAGACCGUCUUUUUCAGGGCUACUCUUUUGUGGCUCCUUCGAUCUUGUUCAAUAAGAACGUGGUGAUGGCGGACGUCCUGGAAGCUCAUGUGAAUGUUGACAGGCCCGGCUCUGCUACAGUUCAUCGCAGCGCUAUGCUGAAGGACUCACAGUUUUUUCACCACUAUGAGCUUUGCCUGCAGGGGGCUCCGCUGGGAGAGGGUAGUUUUUCUGUCUGCAGGAAAUGCAAACACAGGCAAAGUGGCCAGGAGUAUGCUGUAAAAAUCAUCAGUAGAAGGAUGGAGGCCAUGACUCAAAAAGAGAUAGCGGCACUACGCCAGUGUGAAUCUCACCCCAACAUCGUCACGCUCCACGAGGUCUAUACCGAUCAGUAUCAUACGUAUCUGGUCAUGGAGUUGUUGCGUGGUGGAGAGCUGUUAGAGCGAAUAAGGAAAAAGAAGAUGUUUGCAGAAUGGGAGGCCAGUCAGCUAAUGAAGAGUCUGGUGUCUGCGGUCAGCUACAUGCAUGAGGCUGGAGUCGUGCACAGAGAUCUCAAACCAGAGAACGUGCUGUUUGCCGACGAGUCGGAUGACUCCGUGCUGAAGGUGAUUGAUUUUGGAUUCGCGCGGUUGUUUCCAGCGGGGAGCGGCAGCGCGCCCCUGCAGACCCCCUGCUUCACCCUGCAGUAUGCUGCUCCGGAGCUCUUCCACAGCUCGGGAUAUGACCAGGCCUGCGACCUCUGGAGCCUCGGAGUAAUCCUGUACACCAUGCUGUCUGGUCAAGUUCCAUUCCAGAGUGAGAAGAAAGGAAUGACCUCGUCGCAUGCAGCUGACAUCAUGCACAAAAUCAAGGAGGGAGAUUUCUCAUUGGAUGGAGAAGCCUGGAAGGGUGUUUCUGAAGAGGCCAAAGAUUUAGUGAGAGGUUUGUUAACCGUAGAUCCUGAGCGACGGCUGAAGCUCUCGGCUCUGAAAGAGAACGCAUGGCUUCAGGGAGGUGGCGUUAUGUCCUCCACCCCUCUCUGCACCCCUGAUGUUUUGGAGUCCACCGGCCCAACUGUCCGUACCUACGUCAAUGCCACCUACAAGGCAUUUAACCGGGGGAAGCGCGAGGGCUUCUUCCUUAAAAGCGUUGAUAAUGCGCCACUAGCAAAACGUCGGAAGAUGAAAAUGACCAGCACCGGUGUGGAGACGAGACGCAGCUCAUCCUCCUCCUCCUCUUCCUCCUCUUCCUCAUCCGCUUCCCAUUCCAAGACGCAGAAUUGCCAAUCUUUGAAUCCCCACCAGGACCCCAAACUGUGACAGCUCCGUUUGACUGAAAAGCUGCUUUGACGCGGUGAGAGAAUGUAUUGCAAAAGCAUUACAGGGUGAAAAAGACCUAUAAAAAAAAAGACUACGCAAAAUAAUAGAACCUUGAUAUUGCAACAAAUUCAACAUUUAUUGAAGUCUCAGCAGGAGUAAAGCCUUGUGCUGACAAGAUCAACAGAUCAACUUGGAUUUUCAAGUCAUUUGGAGGAAAGAGGAAUUUUUUUAUCAAGGCGGCUUUCUGUAAACACAAUGCCAAGGAAAUGAUCUACAUUAUAAAAUAGACUCCCAAUCGUGUUUUCUUUGUACUUUCUUUUCGUUGUUUGAGACGGUAGACAUUUUAAUGAAUGUAAAAAUGUUCAUGUGGUAUGUACCCACUUUUAGAAAAAUCUUUUAACUGUAAGAGGUGAGCGAAACACGUGAAACUGAGAUCAGGGAAAGCUGAAACGUUAGGGAGUAGUGGACAAGAAAGCCACAAGAGAGCAAAGCCAUACGUGAGAAUUAGAGUGGACUUCUAUUUUAAUGUAUUUUAAUGAUCCACUGAGCAAAGCUUUAUGUGAAUCAUGUACAGUUUAUUUACAUAUCACUACUUUCAGAAGUUUUCUCGAUGUUUGCAUGGCUAAAGUAUUUUAAAUGUUUUACAUUUUUUAAAAGUUGACCUAUGAAGUCAGACCACACGAAGUCUCUGAAUCACCAGUUAGAAAUAGAUCCUACCCACGCUUUUGGGUGAAUCUCACAGACACAUCAUUUGUAUUUUGCCAAAGAUAUAUUUUGAGAACAAUUAAUUGUGGGGGGGGGGACCCAACAGUAAUUCAGAUUUCUUAGUUUUAAUUCAAAUUGGCACAAAUACAGCAAUAUAUAGACUACUUACAACAUUAAACUACUUGCAGUAAGAGUUCAUUUGCAAAAUUCGAUAAACGCCACUUAAAAUUUCCGUGCAUUAUUCUCCACGUAUCUGAACUGUAAACAUGACAGUAUUGUCCACUUGCCACCUUGCGAAAGCAUCACGUUACAGUGGUGAGGUGUGUAUCGCGUAAACGUAAUCACAUCCAUGCGCUCUACAAAAAUUUAAACUUUCGGUAAACUUUUUGUAAAUGAAUAGUAACAACCCAACUGCGGUUUGAUCGAUAUUACUUGAAAUGCGUAAUAAAAAAGUGAUUUAUGAGUUGGCUGUUUUUGCAAACGAACUCAUCAUGCAUACGUUAAUAAUGUGGGGAAAAUAUAUAUAUAUAAAAAUCAAAUACUACAUCCAGAAAUUCUGUAAAAUUCACCCAAUCUUUUUACCUUGUGUCUUAUUGCUAGUUAUCGCGUGAAGUGUGUGGAGAUCACUUUAUAUAUAUCAUCACUAACUUACUUGACCGGUUUGGAUAUACGAAUCUCUGGCUUCGAGAACCAGAUGUGGCAUUUGCUUUUAUCGGUGUACUUGAAAUGUCGUGCUUCGUUGAUGGUGUGCACAGUCUUGUCUCUUCUACUGAGCUGAGGGAUCCCAAAAUCCACUGCCUGUUCUACUCUGCAAUCCGUCGACCGUAAGGGCUGAGGUUCACAAGACAGCAAUCGAUCCCUCACGUUCUUAAGGGCUUUCACAAUCGCACAUCCACGCUGUAAUCGGGUGACCCUCUCUUGCACUGUGAAGAUGGCACUGGCGUCCCUUCCUAUUUUCCUUUUUUAUUAACCGUCUUCACGGCCGUUAGUCUUGCAAUAUUUUGACUUGAUGUACAAGCGUUCAGACAUUUUAGUGCGGAGUCUAUCUGCUGUAUGUGCUGUGUAAAUCCACCGAACGACGCUUAGGAUUCAGGCGGCGUGUUGAGCUGACGCUUUUAUUAAGAUGCAAACAGGUGUCGAGGCCCAGUAAAACACCUCCAGCAAUGUUAUAUAAACUCUGCUUUUCUUUUAAGAGGUGUGAAGCUGGCAGGUAUGAACGUUUUAACAGUCCAACGGAUUGUUUGGCACUGCUUUUAUUGAAAUAACGUAUUCGUCAUUUGUUUGUGCCAAAAUAAUCAGUUAAUGGAGGGUAAUGUCUGUAAUAUAGUUUUGCACACAAGAUGCACUAGUCUGGGGGUUUUUUUAAUGCCUUUAUCGUUCACAAGCGGCGCUUUUGUCGGCUUCACAUCGAUGGAAGGCGAAACUGUUUGUGAAAAGACUGGAACAAAUUCAGCACAUUCUGAUACGUAUCAUCAAGGGGUUCAAACGCAGAUUUUCUGCAAUCAAAGUAUCUUUCAGAUGUAAUCAGCACAGUUACAUCAUGCCGUGUGACGAAAAUAGGUUUGACUUCAGGCCUUUUAAAAGAAUAGUUCACCCCCCAAAAAAAAGGAAAAAUUGCCUGAAAUCCAGGUCAUCCGAGAUGUAGAGGAGUUUUUUUUUUCAUCGGAACAGAUUUGGGGUAAUCGAUGGACCGGAGUUGUGUGAAUUAUUGAUGUUUUUAUCAGCCGUUUAGAUUCUCAUUCCGACGAGAAACCAAAUCAUCUCCAUCUUGGGUGGCUUGAAAAUUUACAGCAUUUUUUUUUUAGGUGAACUGUUCCUUGAGUGAUUUUUACACUAUCAAGUAAAUCCGAAUAAUCUUGAUUCCUUUUGCCGCACAGGUUUGUUAAUGUCAAUGUAUUUGGGGCUUUAAAAACGGUAAUUGUUUUAUUUAUUUCUUUUAACUUGCUCUUUAUAUCUUUAUUCACAGUGUUAUGGCUUUUUGCUUCAUGUAGUUUAGUUCUUUUGUUGUUUGUAUAAUUCGUCGGUAAGAACAAGUCCUCUGCUCUUAUUAGAUCAUGCACUGCUUUUUUUAUGUGGAAGUUCUACAAAUGUAGUUUUGAUCGCAAACAUUUUACUAGACAGGAUUUGACGUCUAGAGUUUAAGGGUGAGCUUGCCGUGUCUCUAUGGCUUGAGUGUGGUCUGCGUAUAUCAUGUUAUGUUGGGGUUCUGAUUUGCAUGUUUUUUCGUUUUUCUUUUCUUUUCUUGAUAACUUAAUGUUCUGUCUCUGCCAAAAGAAAUGUUUUGUAAUAAAAAAAGAGAAUUAUACCGAAAUGAAAUACACUGUUAUAAGAAUAAAUGAGAUGCAUUGUUGUGCAUUGAGGAAAUUGCUGAACCCAAAGCAUAAAAUAUAAAAAUAUACUACACUCUUAACAUUCUGUUCCCUUCUUAAGCCAGUAACAUUUUUAUUUUUGUUUUUAUGUUUAUUUUUUUAUAUUGUCUUUGGUGUUGCUUUGAUAGCUCCAUUUCAUUAUCUUUGAGUGUUGUUUUAAAGGGAUAUUUUAUCAUCAUCCACUCGCCUGGAUCAACAACACACAAAGUACGGAAGUGAAUGUUGGCACAAUCUAAAAUAAAUGAGGAAAUGAGAAAUAUUAUUUGUCUCUGGCACCUCCACAGCUCCGAUCCUUUGCUCUGAACACCUUAUUGCAGCUUCGGGGGUGUUUGAGACCAGAGCACGCAGCCACAGGCUCUCGAAGAACCGUAAUCCAUCUUUGAUGUGUUUGAGGCCAGCUGAGAAUGUCACAAUGUUAAGCAAAGGCACAGUUCUCACGUUUUGUUUUUAGAAUCAGCUAAUGCAGUUUCCAGCACACUUUAAAUGUAUUUUGUUGUAUAUGUGAUGGAAAAGAUUAAAAAUAUUUGUAAAAAAUA